AUGAGUGUCUCAGCGGUAUACUCGCGCAUCCUCCUCAACGGCGCCAAGGCGGCGACGCUUUCUGCACUCUCAGACGACGCACAGGCUGCAGUUUCUGCGGCCAUCUCAGAUCUACGCGCCCUGCAGGCCGAUGUCUCUGCCUUGUCCCUCUUCAGCAGCAAUGAAUCUCUCCGAGACAUAUCCACCCGCCAUCUUCCAUACCUUGCCAUCCCCUUCGUCUAUGCAGAGAUCGUUACCAGAAGAUUUACACCCGAACCCGAUGCUCGCCUGGAGGUCGUUCGUGUGGCGCAGGCGAAUCUGAAUGCAUAUGUCAAUAACAUCGAAACGCUCGAAAUCGUCUCCCCCGAGGAUCGGAAGCUCUAUAGCAAUUCGACAGCCAGCGUCAACGAUCCUGCCCAACGACGAGAGCUCAAAAUCAGACAAUACAAGGCCGAGAAAGAAGUCAAGUCUCGUGUCACCGCACUCCGUUCACGUCUAUCCUCUGGAGGCUCAGACCUCGACUCAGAUGCAGAGACGGAUUUCGACCUCUUGAGGUCGCUAUUACCCUCUUCUUUGCAGACAGGAUCAACGACAGCUGAUGACGACGACGAAGAGGAUGAUGAUGGCGCGAUGCGCCAGACAGCUUUGAUGGUUCUGCGCCUCCUCUACGCACAUGCCCACACCAACCUCACCAACCUUACACAAGAGCUUGAACUCCUUCGAUCAGCACCUCCUCCGCCUCCAGGCGGUUCCCAAGCAACUCAGCCUUCCGAUGGUAGCUGGAGGCUCGAUGCGCCAACGUUCGACAGGAAUGGGCCACUCCUUGAUCCCUCAGGAAAGCCACUACGCCCUUUCACAAUCCUGCCGGCUGGGGCAGCGGAGCGCUCAAGGCUUCAAUCGCAAGUCUUUGGUCCUGGUCACAGUCUGCCCACCAUGUCAAUAGACGAAUAUCUGGAAAUAGAGCGACAAAGGGGAAACAUUAUCGAAGGGGGAGGACAAGCAUCUGCAGACAAACUCACUUCAUCCGAAGAACUCCAGCUUGCAUCAGAGGAUGACGGCACGGCUGCGGCUGAGGAAGCCUCAGAGAAGAAACGAUUAAAGGACGAGGCUUGGGCACAAUACACAGAUCUUCAUCCGAAGGGAGAGGGAAAUACGAUGAAUCGGGGGUGA